AUGGACGCGGGGCCGCUGAGUGUCAUCCUGGGCACUGUCCUAGUGCGGGUGGAGACGUCCACGCAGGACCUCAAUCUACACAAGGUGGCUCUUCUGUCUUACGUGGACAGCUCAGGAAGUUGUGAGACAGAAAACAUAGUGGGCUCAGAAACCGAUGUUUUGGGGAGAUCCUGCUUCCCAGGCCACAGGGAGACCCACGUGAUAGACACGGACUAUGAGCAGGACGCCCUUCGGAGGGUGUCCCUGCACUGGCAGGGCCAGGAUUUCCACGUGCUCAAAUACUUUACUCGGAGCCUCGAGGACGAAUACAGACCCGGCUUCUGGAGGUUCCGGGAGCUGACAGCUGAUGUAGGGCUGUACCUGGUGGCCCUGCACGGGAGGUGUGCCAAGCUCCUGAAGGAGGUGAGCCUCGCCCCCCGCUGCGCCGAGCCCCCAGGCUGA